AAAGUUUUAAAGAAAUAUAUCAUGGCCUUACAUUGGCUGAACACAUUUGAUGUCUCAUACAUAUACAUGAACGUAGUUCAGUCUGGCAAAUUAAGAAUGGAAAAGUUUAUACUAGGGUGCAAUGUGCCUGCAGGCGCUGACAAUGCCUAUUUAGAUCCUACGUUCAGCCAGAACAAAGUCACUGUUUACGACUAUGAGGCCUUUGUCAUGACCGGACUUCCAGAAAAUGAAUUUGUCCGAGCUGGAAUCAAUAUCGCCUGCAAGCUCGAGAUCAGUCCCUAUUCCCAGAGGAUGUUCCUAUUAAAGGUCCAAUCUCUGGCCAUAAAAGAAAUCAAUGGUGCAUGGCCCAAAGAUCCAUUCACUCGCUCCUCCAAGUUGACGCAGACUAUUGCUGAUCAGUUUUCCAAACCCAUCAAGUUUGAGUACCACGAUGGAAGAAUCAGAGACAUUCACGCUUCUAGCGAAAUUUCUGAAACUGUGGUCAACAUGAUCAAAGGAAUUCUCAGCAUGUUCAAUGUCAACAUCAAGAAGACACAGAAUGUCUACGACCUGCAGGAAACAAGCAUUGCCGGUGUUUGCCACACAAGAUAUGUGAUCCAAGAAGCAAAGAAAGGACAGGAACUGGUUGUUGUGAAGUCCAUCGACUUAAAUAGCUGCGAAGACAAAGUAGCAAAGAAUUUCGGAAUCGCCUUCAUGGAUGACUGUAUCACUUGCAAGAGGAUGCACAGGAACAUCCGAGAUGCUGCAACUUACACCUACAAGAUGAAGGUCAGGGGACACAAUACCAUCAUCACACAAGUGACCUCUGAGCAGAUCAUACAUUACUCUCCAUUCCAAGAACGUAAUGGUGGAGCUGUCAUGGAAGCCAAGCAAAUUCUUACCUGGGCAGGAUCCAAGAGCAGCCAACAGAAUCCCCCUCAACUUCAGCUUCAGAACCGUGGAAAUCUUCGUUAUAACUUUGCAGAUGAAAUCUACCAAAUUCCAUUUGUUCUUAUCAACACCAAGAGCCUUGAGGCACAGAUUGUCGCAAUUCUUCAGCACUUGGUACAAAACAACCAACAAGUACUCCAUAAGGACGUCUCUUCAAAGUUCAUUCAAUUGGUCCAGCUUUUGCGUCAUGCCACCCCUGACAUCAUGCAGACCAUUUGGAAGCAGUUUGCCGAAAAGUCAAAAUACAGAUCCUGGCUCCUCCAAGUUCUUCCAAUGGUUGGAACAGCAGACAGCCUGAAGAUGGUGCGCCAGCUUAUUCACAACGGAGAACUGACAAAUGCAGAAGCCCGCGCAUUGCUUACCUUCGCAUUGCACUAUACCAGAGGAAGCCAGCAGGCAAUACAGAUUGCUCAAAGUUUAAUCAAAGACCCCAAAGUUGAGAAGAGCCAGUCAUUGUUCAAAGCUGCCAUGCUUGGAUAUGGUUCAUUGGUGAAGAAAUACUGUGACCAUCUCAGCACUUGCCCUGAAUCAGUCCUGGAGCCUAUUCAAGAUUUUGCAGCUGAAGCCCUGAGCAAGCUCCAUGAAGAAGAUAUGGCUCUGGCAUUGAAAGCCCUGGGUAACGCUGGUCAGUCUGAAAGCAUUAAACGUAUUCAGAAAUUCUUGCCAGGAUUUUCUGCCAGCGCUGCUCAACUUCCAACCAGGAUUAAGGUUGACGCUGUCAUGGCUUUGAGGAAUAUUGCCAAGCAGGACCCCCGUAAGGUUCAAGAAAUCCUAAUGCAAGUCUACAUGAACCGCGAUGCCCGGACUGAAGUGAGAAUGGUUGCUUGUUUGGCCUUAUUUGAGACAAAACCCAACCUGGCCAUGGUUUCCAAUAUGGCCAAUGUGGCAGUUAGAGAGAGCAAGGUUAACCUUCAGUUUGCCAGUUUUUUCUACUCCCAAGCAAAAGCUCUGGCCAAGAGCAGUGUACCACAACUAGAACCACUGGCUGCUGCUUGCAAUGUUGCUCUCAAACUGUUUAACCCAAACAUUGACAAUCUGGGCUACCGAUACAGCAAGGUCAUCCGUAUGGACGGAUUCAAAUACACUAUGAUGAGUGGAGUUGCAGCUAAAUUGUUCAUCAUGAAUAGCCCCAGCACCAUGUUCCCUGUGUUUGUUAUGGCCAAGUUGAGAACAUAUUUGGGUGGAGCCGAGGCUGACGCUGUAGAGGUUGGUAUCAGAGCAGAAGGAAUAGAACAGAUCAUAAGAAAGCAAGGCAUCCAGUUCCGUGAUUUCCCAAUGAAGAAGAAGAUUAUGGAAAUUCUGAAAUUGAUGAGGGGAUACAGAUCUCAAACACCUCAAUCUCCACUUCUGUCUGGAUACAUUAAAGUCUUUGGCCAAGAACUUUCCUUCAAUGAUAUCAACAAAGAGACUAUCCAAGCUUUGACCAGGGCAUUGAAUGAACCAGCAGAAAGACACGCUACAGUGAAGAACAUCAUAAACAAGGUUUUGAAUGGACUGGUUGGACAAUAUGCCCGGGCAAUUGUUGCAUUUGAAGCUCGUCAUAUCACCCCAACAACUGUGGGGUUGCCAAUGGAGUUCAGCUGGUAUGCUACUGCUGUGGCUAAUGCCCCUGUGAACGUUGACGUGAAGAUGACCCCAGGCUACACACCCGAUUUCAGUAUUGCUCAGCUGUUGGAUUCUCAGUUGCAGGUCAAUGCAGAUGUCAACCCCAGUGCGUUAGUUCAUCUUGUAGCAACAAUGGGAAUCAACACCCCCUUUGUCCAGAGCGGAAUUGAAUUCCAUGGCAAGGCCCUCACAAACGUCCCAGGAAAAUUCACAGCACGUGUGGAUAUGAAGGAAAGGAACAUUAAAUUUGAAGCACCACCUUGCCAGCAAGAGAAUGACUUACUUCAUUUAAGCGCACAAACAUUUGUUAUCUCAAGAAAUAUUAACGAACUGGAUGCUGUUAAGAAGACACCCCUUGUGCCAAGUGAAGUCAGCCAAAGCAUCCUCAGGAAACACUUUGAGUCUACAGGCAGGACUUCAGCCGAAGGAGCCAGUAUGAUGGAGGCCUCCUCAGAAACUGGAUCCAAGAGAUACAUGGGUCUUGCAAAAACACACAGCCGACUUUCCAAUAUUGCCUCUAAGUUAUAUAAACCCUGCAUAAAAAUCCCCAAAAUUCCCAUAAGAUUAUGCAUUGGCUUUAAGUCUCGUAAUGCUGCAGCACGCAAACACUCACUCUUCUAUCAAGUGAUAGGAGAGCACGAGGCUAAGUUCACAAUGGAACCAGCUCACUCUGACGGCGUUAUUGAAAAGAUCCAAAUUGAGGCAACAGCUGGACCCAAGGCAGCCGCAAAGGUUAUCGCCAUGGUUGAUAUGGAGAUGAAAGAAGGUGAACAACUUGAAGAAUCUGAGAUCCAGAAGAGACUUAAGACCAUCCUUGGCAUUGAGGAGCAAAUUGCAGCCACAAAUGAAAGCCUGGCCCGGCGUGCCAAGAAGCAACAACAAAAGAAAAAGCAAAAGCAAAACCAUAAGCAACUUGCUGCAGAUGGCACAGAGACCGAGAUGGCCCGUGUAUUAUCCUCCUCCAGCUCUUCAUCUUCCUCUUCUUCUUCUUCUUCAUCUUCUUCUUCAUCAGCAGCACCUGGUCAAAAAUCUAAAAACAGACAACCUGGUCAGAAGAAGCAAAGCUCUAGCAGUUCUAGCAGCAGCAGCAGUAGCAGUAGCAGCAGCAGGCAAGGCCAAGCACAAAGACAUGAAGGAGCUCAGACUAACCGGGGCCAUAAUAAGAAAGGCAGCUCUAGUAGUAGCAGCAGUAGUAGCAGUAGCAGCAGCAGCAGCAGUAGUAGCAGGAACAGCAGAAAACCAAGAGGGCAUGGGGCAAGAAGCAGCAGUAGCAGCAGCAGCAGCAAGAGUCUAAGUGGAAGCAGGAGCAGCAGCAGCAGCAGCCGCAGUAGCAGCAGCAGCAGCAGUAGUAGCAGCAGCAGCAGCGCAAGGAGGAACAGCAAGAACAGGCAACAGCAACGUGAACACGGACAGCAACAUCAAACCCAACAGGGACCAAGGAGCAGCAGCAGCAGCAGUAGCAGCAGCAGCAGCAACCAAUCCUCCAGAAGACAUUUUUAUAACCUUCGCUUCAGACCAGUACGGAAACAAAGAACCGGCAGCAAGCAGCAGAUCUCCUCUUCAUCCUCAAGCUCCUCGUCUUCAAGCAGCAGCAGCAGCAGCAGCAUGGCUUCUAGACACAAUCGCCAGGGUAGAUUUAUGGGUGACAACAAACCCCCAGCAUUUGUCGUUACCGUUCGUGCCGUCAGAAACGACAACGUCCGUCAGGGAUAUCAGUUCAUCCUGUAUGCAGACUAUUCUAUCUCCAAACCUCGUCUCCAGGCUUACGUCGUAGAUGUCUCUAAAGAAAGCAGGUGGAGAGCAUGUUUCAAUGCUGAAGUCUUGAGCUCUCACGUAGCUGAGGCCAGCCUGAAGUGGGGACAGAACUGUCAAGAUUACAAGAUUACAGGCAAAGCUCAAACUGGUCACCUGGGUACCCAGCCUGCAGUAAAGGUCACCGUCAACUGGCCAAAAGUACCAUCCAAACUGAAGUCUGCUGCCGGACAUGUUUCAGAAUAUGUCCCUGGAGCUGCCUACCUGUUAGGAUUCUCUGAAAAAUACAAGAAGAAUACUCAACGCCAAGCAAAACUCAUCAUGUCCCUAAGUUCUGCAAGAACCGCUGAUGUUGUUCUCCAGUUGCCAAGGCUGACAAUGUUCUACAGAGCUCUCAGAAUCCCACUUCCAGUCCCAGUUCGACGCGUUUCACAAAAUGAAAUCCUACAAGCGCCAACCUGGAACAUAUUUGCUGAAGCUCCUCAGAAGUUCCUGGAGUCUCUACAAGGUGAAUGCAAGGUCAAUAAAAACCUCCUCACAACCUUUAAUGGCGUUGAACUGGCUUACGCCAUUCCUCAAAACUGCUAUCAUAUCCUGGCCCAUGACUGCACCGAUGAGAUGAAAUUCAUGGUGAUGAUGAAGGAAACAACUCCAGAAUAUAAGGACAUUAACAUUAAAGCUGGCUCAUAUGAUAUCACCAUGUCCUAUAAAUCUGAAGCACCAGAGAUAACUCUUAAUGGAGUUCCCUUGUUAGAAAGCCAACUUCCAUACAGAUCAUUUGCUGAGCCAAUUUUGGAGAUUCUGAAGACAGAAAAUGGUGUGACUGUCAUGGCACCAGAAUAUGGCAUUGAGAAGAUCAACUAUGAUGGAAUGAAUGUUCAGGUGAUGCCAACUGUAUCGAUGAAGGGCAAGACCUGUGGUUUAUGCGGUCGCAACGACGACGAGACAGUACAAGAGUACCGAAGGCCCGAUGGCUCCGUGGCAAAGGAUGAAAUGAGCCAUAUUCACUCUUGGAUUCUUCCAUUCAAGACCUGCUCUGAAGGUUGCAACGUUAAACAUUCUCUUGUGAAACUUGAGAAGGAAAUCGAUGGUGAACCCUCUAAGUGCUAUUCCAUCCAUCCUGUACUAAAAUGUGCCAAAGGAUGUUCCCCACUUGCAACCACCAAAGUUGCCACUGGUUUCCACUGCCUGCCUUCUGGAGCCACUCUGGAACUGUCUGAAGGACAAGUAUACCUGGACAAGUCUGAAGACUACACAGAACUUGUUGAAGCGCACACGUCUUGUGCAUGUUUGGUAUUCACCAUCAUCAUGAGGGGAAUCAUUCUAGCACUACUGCUCGCACUAGCGAGUGAACAGGCCCAUCGCUCAAACAAAAUAUUUUUUCCUGUAUUUUUAGAACAACUUUUAAACCCAACCAAGACCUAUGUGUACAACUAUGAAGGUAUUACCGUGAGUGGCUUGCCAGAUAAUGGCUUGUCCAAGGCCGGACUGAAGUUGAACCUGGAGGUUGAGAUCAGUGGCUAUGCUCAGAAAAUGUUCAUCCUGAAGGUCGACAAAGUUGACAUCAAGGAAUAUCAUGGUCAAUGGCCAAGAGAUCCUUUCACUCGGUCGACUAAACUGACCCAAGCCAUUGUUGAACAGAUCAAACAUCCCUUUAAGUUCGAAUACCAUGAUAACCGUGUCGGUGACGUGUUUGCUGCCGAGGGUGUCUCAAGUGUAGUUGUCAAUAUCAUCCGAGGAUUGCUCAAUCUGCUGCCAGUCCAUAUUAGAAAAUCCCAGAAUGUUUAUGACUUGGAAGAGGACUGUAUCUCUGGAAAAUGUCCAACAAGAUACGUGAUCCAAGAAGAAGACAAGAAGUCCAGUUCCUUCAUUGUCAUUAAAUCCCGGGACCUUGGAAAGUGUGCAAACCGUGCACUAAAGAGAACCGGAUUGACUUUCCUAGAACCUUGCAGAGCAUGCCAACAGAAAUCCCAGCACUUGCGUGGAAUGCUUACAUGCACAUACAGAAUUAAGAAUAAGGCCCACGGACUCGUCAUUGAGGAAGUCAAGGCCAAGGAAGUCUUCCAGUACUCUCCAUUCUAUGAACUUUACGGAGCUGCUGUGACAGAAAUCAGACAAAUCCUUACCUUGAAAGAGAUCAAGUCCAGCAGGGUGAAUGAACCACAUGUGCAACUAGAAAACCGUGGAGGACUGAAAUACCGAUUUGGCUCUGAAAUUUACCAGAUGCCACUUCACUUGUUCAAUUCUAAAAACAUAGAAUCUCAGAUCUCAGACACUCUGCAACAUCUGGUACAGAACAACCAACAGGAGGUACAGGGAGAGGCUCCAGCUAAAUUCCUGCAACUGAUCCAACUCUUGCGAGAUACCAACCCCGAUAACAUCCAGGCCAUCUUCAAGCAGUAUGCUGACAGACCUCAGUACAGACAAUGGAUUACAAAAGCAAUCCCUCUCAUCGGUACCACUGAGUCUCUUAAAGUUGUCAAGCGUAAUAUUCCAAACCAGAGCACCCAGGAAGCAGCUCUUUCCAUCACUUUUGCCAUGCAGCAUACCCGUGCCAGCCAGAAUUCUCUUCAGACUGCUGCUGAAAUAGUACAGGAUUCCAGAGUCCAGAAUUCUGAAACACUGUACAAGGCUGCCAUGUUGUCCUAUGGAACGAUGGUCAACAAAUUCUGUGCAGACUUCGAAGUCUGUCCCGAGUCCGCUCUUCAGGUCCUUCAUGAUUUUGCCGCUGAAGCUGCCAACAAGGCUCGCCCUGCAGAUAUCAUCCUAGCAUUGAAGGCUUUGGGUAACGCUGGACAAGCUGCAAGUAUCAAGCGCAUAAUAAAAUUCCUACCAGGAUUUUCCGCUAGUGCCUCCAAGCUGCCGGUUAGAGCUCAAAUUGAAGCUGUGAUGGCCCUCAGGAACAUUGCCAAGGAUGAACCCAAGCAGGUUCAGGAACUUCUUCUCAAAGUCCUUAUGGAUUCCAAUGUACAUGUCGAUGUCCGCAUGGCAGCUGCUGCCGUUCUCUUGGAAACUAGACCACCUGCAGCCACUGUGACCGCCAUGGCUCAGAUCAUACAGCAGGAGAACAAAGUCAAUCUGCAGUUGGCUAGUUUGAUGUACUCUUACAUGAAGGCCUUAGCCAAAACCUCUGUCCCAGAAUUCCAAGAGUUGAAUGCAGCUUGCAACCUAGCUGUCAAGAUCCUAAACCCAGCACUUGACAAGCUGAGCAUGCGUUACAGCAAAGUUUUUCAUCUGGACACUUUCAAUUACCCUCUGAUGUCUGGAGCCACUGCCAACCUCAUUGUUAUGAACAAUCCAACCACCACACUGCCAUCUGCUGUCGUUUUAAAAUUCCGUGGAUACAUGGCUGGUGCUGCCAUAGACAUUCUUGAGAUUGCUGUUCGGGCUGAAGGCCUUCAAGAAGUCCUUAGAAAACAGAACAUCCCAUUUAAUCGGUUUUCAAUAGUGAAAACCAUCAUUAAGAUUAUUAAAUCUAUGGUUGGAUUUAAAUCUAUCCCAACUGAGGCACCUCUAGCCUCCACAAAUGUUAAGGUGUUUGGUCAAGAACUCUACUACAGUGAUGCCACCAAAGAAACCCUCCAGAAUGCUUACAGGGUCCUGACUGAGCCAACUGCCCGGCAUUCAAUUAUUAAGAAAAUCAUCAAGAAGAUUAUUGAUGGACUUGUUGGAAAUUGGGCCCAACCUCUUCUGUUGGCUGAAGCUAGACACAUCGUAGCCACUUCCAUGGGUCUUCCUCUUGAGCUGAGCGUACACUCCGCUGCUGUCGCCAAUGCUGCUGUUAAUCUUGACAUGAAAGCAAACCCAACACCCUCAAGUGACCUGAGUAUUGCACAACUUUUGCAGUCCAAUAUCCAGCUCCAUGCUGAUAUCACCCCAAGCCUUUCAAUGCACACAGUGGCAAGCAUGGGAGUAAACACACACUUAGUACAGUCCGGUAUUGAAUUUCAUGCCAAGGUCCAGGCCCUCACCCCAGCAAAAUUCCUGGCAAAGAUUGAUGCAAAAGAGAAUAAUUUCAAGAUUGAAACUCAACCAAGCCAGCAACAAAAUGAGCUUGGAUCCGCAAGAACUCAAGCAUUUGCUGUGUCCAGAAAUUCCGCAGAGUUGGACGCAAUGAAGAAGACGCCAAUUGUCCCCAAGGGAGCUGAAGCAAGCCUUCUAGAGAAACAUUUUGAAAAGUCUGGAAAGGGUUCCGCAGAAGGAACUAGCAUGAUGGAAGGAUCUUCAGAAAUCAUUGCCAAGAGGUAUGCCUACCCGGGAGAGACAGGACAGCAUCAAUAUUCGCCUUCCCAGUUCUUCCACUUCUGUGUCAAAGUGCCCCACGUUCCCAUUAAAAUCUGCGCAGGGCACAAAUCUAAGAAUGCUGCAGGACGCAGGAAUACCCGGCUUUACCAGCUAGUCGGAGAACAUGAAGCAAAACUCACAAUGGAACCAACUCAGCAAGACGUACCUAUUGAAAAAUUGCUACUGGAAGUAACUGCUGGACCCAAAGCGGCCUCCAAGAUAUAUGCUUUGGCCGACCUGGAAGCGAAAGAAGGUGAACAUCUUGAGGAAUCUGAAGUUCAGAAGAGGCUGAGGACCAUCCUUGGAAUUGAUCAGCAUCUGGCCAGAAAUGAGAGCUUACGUGUACGCAAAAGCAAGAAAACCAAACAGGAUGCAGACAUCGUUGAAGCGGCAAAGCACAAGAAGCCACAAUCCAGCAGUAGCAGUAGCAGCAGCAGCUCAUCCAGCAGCGCUCAAAACUCAAAACAACAACGCCAACAACAUCAACAGGGACACCAUUCAUGGGAAAAUCAGCACCAGGGUCAGCAUCAGAACAAACACAAGAGUAGCAGCAGCAGCAGCAGCAGUGGUCGCAGCAGCAGCAGCAGCAGCAGCAGUAGCAGUAGCAGCAGUGGCAGCAAAAGGGCAGGACAUAAACACCACCAAAGCAGCAGUAGCGGCAGCAGCAGCAGUAGUAGCAGCAGCAGUAAGAGCAGCAGCAGCAGCAGCUCAAGCCAACAACACAAGGGCAGAAAACACCAGCAAACCCCUCAACAGCAGAACAAACGCAAAGAACAUAGGAUACGUCACUACACCGAUAGUGAUGAGCAGGCUCAAAUCUUUGCACUACGAUUCAGAAGACCUAAUAGAAGGACAUCUCAUCAGGUCCGGACCGCUUCUGGCCGUGUCCGCACAUCACAGUCCAGCUCCAGUUCCAGCAGCAGCAGUAGUAGUAGUAGCAGUAGCAGCAGCAGUGGAUCUUCUGGAAGACAACGUACACGAGUAAGUAUGAUGAGAGGUAUACAAACAACUGACAAAUGGAGAGAGAAUAGUGUAUUUGAUCAACCUUGUUAUAUAGAUUGUUAUAGAGAAAAUAGAUCAACAAAGCUUUAGGAGCUAUGUCAAGAAGCCCCAUUCCUUGGCGCACACAAAGCUCCCAGCUGGGUGGCCACUCUUCAGGCUGUCCGAGCUGACAAUAAGAAGCAGGGUUAUCAAGUGAUCAUGUACCAAGACCAUCACUCUUCCAAGCCUCAGUAUCAGGCCUACGUGGUGGACAUCACCGGAGAAAGUCGCUGGAGGGCAUGCAUCAAUGCACAAGUUCAAAGCCAACAUGAAGCCUAUGCUGAAGUGAAAUGGGGUCAGAACUGUCAACAGUACAAGGUCGCUGUAUGGGCAGAAACCGGACGUUUGGGUAGCCAACCCGCACUCAGACUGAAGGGUGUUUGGCCAAGAAUCCCAUCUAAACUAAAAUACUUUGAACAAGCUAUCGGUUGGUAUGUCCCUGGAGCUGCCUACAUGUUAGGAUUCUCCACAAGGAUGCAGAGAAGCCCAUCAAGGCAAGCUAAGUUAGUUGUGGCCCUCUCCAACCCCAGGACCAUGAAUGUUGUUUUACAAGCACCACAGCAAACCUUCUACUACCAAGGCCUCAAUCUUCCUGCUGCCGUCUCCGCUGCCUGGACCGCACGUCCUGCAGACCUUCAAGUCCCAACCUGGAAUAUCUUUGCUGAUGUUCAAAACUCAAUAGCAGACAGACUUAGAGGACAUUGCUCAAUGUCCACCAACAUGAUCAAGACCUUCAACGAUGUGAACUACAACUACACAAUGCCCGGACACUGCUACCACGUUCUCGCUCACGACUGUACUGAGGAAAAUAAGUUCCUGGUCAUGGCCAAGAGAUCCCACGAGAAUCCAGAAGACAAAGAUAUUAAUAUUAAGCUGGGCGAAUUUGAUAUUGAGCUGUACAGCAGAUCCGGAGAGCCUAUGGUGAAAGUUAACAACAUUGAAAUCUCCAAGGAGAAACUCCCAUAUGAGCCCAGCCAGGAACCAUCUGUGCUUAUCAAGGAGAUAGAAGGAAAACUUGUCGUAUCUGCUCCAGACUUUGGUAUUGAAGACCUGUUUUACGAUGGAAAGUCAAUUGCUCUUCGCACAGCAGUAUGGAUGAGAGGCCAGACUUGCGGUAUCUGCGGCCGCCACGAUGAUGAGGUAGAACAGGAAUACAAGAUGCCCGAUGGAUCGCUAGCAAAGGAUGAAGAAAGCUUCGGCCACUCUUGGAUCUUGUCUGAAGAUGCCUGCUCAGGAUCCUGCAAACUUCAUCGCUCUUUGGUGAAGACUGAGAAGCAAGAAAGGGAGGAAAGCAAAUGUUAUUCCAUCCACCCAGUUCUGCGUUGCGCUAAAGGUUGCACCCCAUCAGCCACCACCCCUGUCAAUGUCGGCUUCCACUGCACAUCUGCUGACUCCAGACUAUUAACCCUUUCUUUUUUAACUACAGAUUUGGCAGAAGGGGAAUCCCUGAUUGACAUGCCCGAAGACUUCACAGAGCAAGUAGAAGCCCACACCUCCUGUUCCUGCGAUUCCCUCAAGUGCGCGGCUUAAUGUUGAUGAUGCUGCAACUCCCGUCCCCCUCUUGUUUAUACCUAGAAACUAAACCUUAACACUAGAAUGAGCUGUAAUGUCAGCCCCAAUCAAGACAAUCGCACUUUCAAACCAACUGUAUAGUUCUUUGUUCUAAACCCUGAAAUUUUCAAUAAAUAUUUG